AUGUCAAUAUUUGGACAACAAAUAAAUCAUUUUGUAUUCUUUGGUUUGAACAGUUCACAAAGAAUUGAACUUUUUCAAUGGUUAUUGGUAACCAUGGCAAUCCUUUUGACAGCCAUUCCCACAAGUAUUUUAUCUCUAGCGCAAAAUCGUAAUCGAUCCUUAACUUUUACCGCAGUAAUAUCACCGGAAGACAGUCAAGUUUUACCAGGAAUUGUUUUAACUCCUCACCUUACAUUUAAUGGUGACUUUGUAUGCGUUAUGUGCGCAUGGAUAAUUACUUUGUUUGGUGUAUUUAAUUUUAUGCGAAAAAAUAACGUUGUUGGUCAAUUUAUUUCCAUGUUCCUUAUUGCAUUCACUGUGAUCCAAACUGUUACAGCUGCAUAUAACGUGUUGUUUAGUAACAGUUGGAUUUUAAAAAUUCUAAAUGGUUCAUUACAAAAAGCUUAUAAUUUGGAUCCUGAUCUGAUAAAAGAAUUCGAAUAUGAGUUGAUAGGUGUUCUUAUGCAUACCUUCAUAUUCGAUUGUAUUACAAUGCACGAUAUACGACAGUAUAUUCUCGGGGAUGAUAGCGAAGAAUGCUCGUAUGGUAAAGAUAAAGGCCUUAUAACUAAUUCCAAUGUUGAUGAAUUGGAAGAGCAAAUUAUUUCAAAUUCUUCCUCAGCAAGAUAUUAA